AUGACUUCAGCAAGCGAGGACCAGCUGGUGAAAGUGUCUACUGAAGCUGCCACCGAGCUCGUCCAAACCUUCUACCAAGCCCUCUCCUCAAACCGCGAAUCCAUCGCCUCAUUCUACGCGCCAGUACCCUCAAAAAUCCUCUUCAACGGCAACACUGUGGCAGACGGCGCUGCAGUCCAGGACAUCUUCGUCAACCAAAUGCCACACGCGCACUACGAAGCUCAAUCAUACGACUGCCAAAUCAUCAACCGCGCUUAUCCCACUGUUACCCCCACUGGUGUCAAGCCAGCCGCUCAAAUGACGACCAAGGACAUGUCCAUCUUGGUGAUUGUGAGCGGACAUGUACGGUAUGGAGAGAACCGUGACCAGCCACAGCGUGGCUUCAGCGAGACCUUUGUCCUCGUGCCCAAUCUGUCCACCGAGCGGGGCAAGCGCCGGCGAGACUGGUUGGUCCAGAGCCAAAACUUCCGCCUCGUAGUCUGA